AUAUUACUUACCACUUACUUGAACAAUCAAUAAAUAAUGGAGAUUUUUUUUUCUCUGAGAAUACUCAAAUAUAUUUUUAUAACAUUCAUUGCAAUUAAUUCAGUUGACUUUGUUUAUUCUAGUAAUUCAUGUAGAAAAAGUAUCACAACUGUAAAUAACACAAAAAUAAAGUGCAAAAAUGAAUUAAUUUUUGAAGAAAACUUUGAAAGAAUUGACAAUGACGAGUAUUUUGUUUCAAGAGAUUCUUAUCAUUACCUUAAUACUUCAUUAUGGAAAAAAGAGAUUAAAAUUCCUCUAGAUCCAGAUUAUGAGUUUUGUAUUUACCACACAUUAGGAAAAGUUUUAAAAGUUGAAAAUGGUGUUCUCAAAAUAAUUCCAACUUUGUUCGAGAAUUCUUAUGGAAUUAACACUACAUUUCAUGGUGAACUUCGAUUGACCGAAUGUACUGGAAUCUAUGCAGGUGAAUGCUCUCGCAAAGCAAUGGGAUUUAGUAUUCUUCAUCCAGUAAUAUCAACACGUUUAAUGACAAAAGAUAGUUUUUCUUUUUGCUAUGGAAAAAUUGAAAUUCGUGCUAAAUUUCCAGAAGGUGACUGGCUUUAUCCAGAAAUGUGGCUCCAGCCAAAAUAUACUACUCAUGAUAGUGGAUAUCUCAGUGGACGAGUAAUCCUGGGCAUGGCUCGAGGUAAUGAUCAUUUGAAAAACUCCACCAAUUCAUCUCAAGAAUUUGGUGCUAAACGUCUAGAAUUUGGUUUACGAACUGGUCCAUAUAAUAAUAUUACUGAAGAAAUAGUUACAAAAAUUAAUGAUCACAAUUCAUGGACAAGAGAUUAUCAUAUUUAUACUACCACUUGGACCGAUAAAGGGUUCAAAUUUGAAGUUGAUGGUGAAGUUGUAGGACGACUCCGACAACAGCUUAAAAAUUCUGACAAUGAAAAUUGGAUGUCACCCUACGAUUUAGAAUUUUACCUAAAAUUAGGAGUAGGUGUAGGUGGAGUUCGAGUAUUCCCAGAUAAAACAAAAAGCGGCUAUUAUCAAAAGCCUUGGAAAAAUGUUGGUGCCAAGGCAAUGUACCAUUUUUGGGAAGCCAAGGAUCAGUGGCUACCUAAUUGGCAACGUAAUGGACAAAAGACAGCUUUCGAAAUAGAUUACAUAAAAAUUUGGUCAGUUUAAAUAAAAAUAUAGAACAAAGCUACCAGCACAGUGGACCCACUCAAAUCUCCUUGAAUUCGCACACAUUAGAAAAGAAGGGAUAAUUUUAUUUGUCUGCUAAUCUGAAAAACCGGUUCCCAAUAUGGUGAUUCCGUUAUGAUGAAUUAUUUUCUGAGAGUCGACUGACAAUGAAUUCUUUAGUUGUGGAAUAUCCUUUCUUACAACGUUAACGCAUUAUUUACUUUAUUUUGUAAAAUUCUGAAAAAUGACAAUAAAAAAUUUUUAAAACUGUGA